CAUGCAGAGAGAACAAGAAACACAACAAGCUUUGAUUCUUCUUCUUUUCUCUCUCUUUAUUCUCUACACAAAAACAUGAACACUUUUCCCUCAAACUCUUCGGGUCUCACUUCCACUACUACACAAACAUGGUCGUUCAGCAACAUGUAUCUACUCACAACUCUUCAAGCAUUUGUGGCUAUAACCAUAGCGAUGCUUCUCAAGAAACUGAUCACGAAUCCUAAUGAAAAAAAAUUGUCUCUCCCGCCGGGUCCCACCGGAUGGCCCAUCAUUGGAAUGAUUCCAGCGAUGCUAAAGAGCCGCCCAGUUUUCCGGUGGCUCCACAGCAUCAUGAAGCAGCUAAACACUGAGAUAGCAUGCGUGAGGCUAGGAAACACUCACGUGAUCACCGUCACAUGCCCCAAGAUAGCACGUGAGAUACUCAAGCAACAAGACGCUCUAUUCGCCUCAAGACCUAUGACUUACGCACAAAACGUCCUCUCUAACGGUUACAAAACAUGUGUGAUCACUCCGUUCGGUGAACAAUUCAAGAAAAUGAGGAAAGUCGUGAUGACGAAACUAGUUUGUCCGGCGAGACACAGGUGGCUUCAUCAGAAGAGAGCCGAAGAAAACGACCAUUUAACCGCGUGGGUAUACAACAUGGUUAAGAACUCGGGCUCAAUCGAUUUCCGGUUUGUGACAAGGCAUUACUGCGGAAAUGCUAUCAAGAAACUCAUGUUCGGGACAAGAACGUUCUCUGAAAACACCGCACCUGAUGGUGGACCAACCGCCGAGGACAUCGAUCAUAUGGAAGCUAUGUUUGAAGCAUUAGGGUUUACAUUUGCUUUUUGUAUCUCUGAUUAUCUACCUAUGCUCACGGGACUUGAUCUUAACGGUCACGAGAAGAUUAUGAGAGAUUCAAGUGCUAUUAUGGACAAGUAUCAUGAUCCUAUCAUCGAUGGAAGAAUCAAGAUGUGGAGAGAAGGAAAGAGAACUCAAAUCGAGGAUUUUCUAGAUAUUUUCAUUUCUAUCAAAGAUGAAGAAGGCAACCCAUUGCUUACCGCCGAUGAAAUCAAACCCACAAUUAAGGAGCUCGUAAUGGCGGCGCCAGACAAUCCAUCAAACGCCGUAGAAUGGGCCAUGGCGGAGAUGGUAAACAAACCGGAGAUACUCCGCAAGGCAAUGGAAGAAAUCGACAGAGUGGUCGGAAAAGAAAGACUUGUCCAAGAAUCCGACAUCCCAAAACUAAACUACGUCAAAGCUAUUCUCCGUGAAGCCUUCCGUCUCCAUCCCGUCGCCGCCUUUAACCUUCCACACGUGGCACUUUCCGACACAACCGUCGCCGGAUAUCACAUCCCUAAAGGAAGUCAAGUCCUUCUCAGCCGAUAUGGGCUGGGCCGUAACCCUAAAGUUUGGGCCGACCCGCUUAGCUUUAAACCAGAGAGACAUCUAAAAGAGUGCUCAGAAGUUACUUUGACGGAGAACGAUCUCCGGUUUAUCUCGUUCAGCACCGGGAAAAGAGGUUGUGCUGCUCCGGCUUUAGGUACGGCGUUGACGACGAUGAUGCUCGCAAGACUUCUUCAAGGUUUCACUUGGAAGCUACCGGAGAAUGAAACACGUGUUGAGCUGAUGGAGUCUAGUCAUGAUAUGUUUUUGGCUAAACCGUUGGUUAUGGUAGGUGAGUUGAGAUUGCCGGAGCAUCUUUACCCGACGGUGAAGUAGAAAUCACGGCGUAUAUAUUUUUAUAUAGCUUGAUGUACUUAUAUAACCACUAAGUUUGGUCAAUAUCUC